CAGCAGGCAUGUCCAUUAUCACCACUGCUAUUCAACAUAGUACUAGAGGUCCUAGCCUCAGCAAUCAGACAACAAAAGGAAAUUAAAGGCAUCCAAAUCAGCAAAGAAGAAGUCAAACUAUCACUCUUCACAGAUGAUUGUCGAGGGUGGAUGCUCCAGGGGCCCAGAGAUCCGUCAACCGCAGAGCUUUGCAAAAUGGCGCCUGACGAUUUGCCAGAAGGUGUGUCUAGAGUGACUGAUCGUAAAUAGGAAGUACUACCUAUUGGCUGUUGAACUAUUGCUAUGCUGUGGGCACUUGGUAACAAGCUUAAGAUUGGUGGAUGCAUAUCGCUGUCUAUGCUGAUUGGCUUAGCUCCCCUAUAUAAGCGAUGGCCAUAUGAAAUAAAGCUCUCUCUUUUUGAAACCCAACCUGACGGAGGGUCGUUAUUAUCACUGCUGAAUGGCGAUAAAUGGUGGCCCGUACGGGGAGCCCCCUUUCUCCAUUUCUAACAGUGCACUGAGAGGGAGACCUUCCAGUUUUGCUGAGACAUAAAAGAGACUUUGGUAUCACCGGUGCCAUGGUGACAGCUGUUGCCGCCUCCGCUGCUGUCACCGCUGCCGCUGCUACUGCUCUUGCCGUUGCUAUUCCUGCAGCCAAGGAGAUUAAUCAACUGUCUAUGAAUGCCACAGAAGAUCUACAAACCCAGAGUGAAAUUAAUGAUCAUCUCGCUGCGGGUAUCCUUUUUGCUAAUCAGCGGACUGACUUGCUACAAGAACAAAUGGACAUUGUAAUACAACUACUAACUGUAGGAUGCCUUCGCUCAGAUACUGGAUUCUGCAUUACUCCAGUUGCAUAUGAUAACCUCACUCGAGCAGCUAAUUAUUCCAGGGAACUAUCCAAGAUGCUUACAGGCAACUGGAGUGCCAGAUUCGAGAAUCUGACAAUACAGCUUCGUGCUAAUAUUGUUAACAUUAAUGCUAGUAAGGUAGAAGUAGCUUCAGUAUCUCAAUUUGUCGCCUUUAUGAAAAAUGUUGUAGGAUGGGGGAAGCAAUGGUUUGGGUUCAUAUCCAUGGGUAGAUUGCUAAUAUUCACUGUGGUGUGUUGCUUAUGGUGCAUUUGCCCCAUGAUGAGGAUUCGUAAGAGACACCAUUGCCAUCAACCAAGCUCUGUUAUCAUCGAGUCCGGACAGUCGCCCCAGGUAUGGCUCAGUAUGCUGGAUCAGUAGUCAAAGACGGGUAAGAUCGUAGGUGGAAUAUACCAACCUAAGACAGGACAUGAUCCUAUAAGCAUCAUGAUCCAAUGAUGGGUAAGGAUAUUCUUGGCCUUGCAACAACCUAAUACAGGCAUGACCCCUGCUGAGUCUUUCCUUCUACCAUAAAACAAAAAGGGGGAACUGUCGAGGGCGGAUGCUCCAGGGGCCUGGAGAUCCGUCAACCGCAGAGCUUUGCAAAAUGGUGCCUGGCGAUUUGCCAGAAGGUGUGUCUAGAGUGACUGAUCGUAAACAGGAAGUACUACCUAUUGGCUGUUGAACUAUUGCUAUGCUGGGGGCACUUGGUAACAAGCUUAAGAUUGGUGGAUGCAUAUCGCUGUCUAUGCUGAUUGGCUUAGCUCCCCUAUAUAAGUGAUGGCCAUAUGAAAUAAAUCUCUCUUUUUUUGAAACCCAACCUGACGGAGGGUCGUUAUUAUCACUGCUGGACAGCGAUAGAUGAUAUGAUACUAUAUGUGGAAAACCCAAAAGACUCCACUCCAAAACUGCUAGAACUUGUACAGGAAUUCAGUAAAGUGUCAGGAUAUAAAAUGAAAUGCACAGAAAUCAGUUGCAUUUCUCUACAGCAACAACAAGACAGAAGAAAGAGAAAUUAAGGAGUCAAUCCCAUUUACAAUUGCACCCAAAACUGUAAGAUACCUAGGAAUAAACCUAACCAAAGAGGCUAAGAAUCUAUACUUAUAAAACUAUAACGUACUCAUGAAAGAAAUUGAGGAAGACACAAAGAAAUGGAAAAAUGUUCCAUGCUCCUGGAUUGGAAGAACAAAUAUUGUGAAAAUGUCUAUGCUACCUAAAGCAAUCUACACAUUUAAUGCAAUUCCUGUCAAAGUACUAUCCAUUUUAUUCAAAGAAAGGAACAAGUAAUCCUAAAAUUUAUAUGGAACCAGAAAAGACCUCGAAUAGCCAAAGGAAUAUUGAAAAAGAAAGCAAAAGUUGGUUUGGCUUUUGGACUUCAAGCUCCAUUACAAAGCUGUCAUUAUCAAGACAGCAUGGUACUGGCACAAAAACAAACACAUAGAUCAAUGGAACAGAAUAGAGAGCCCAGAAAUAGACCCUCAACUCUAUGGUCAACUAAUCUUUGACAAAGCAGGAAAGAAUGUCCAAUGAAAAAAGAACAGCCUCUUCAAUAAAUGGUGUUGGGAAAAUUGGACAGCCACAUGCAGAAAAACGAAACUGGACCAUUUCCUUAUACCACACAUGAAAAUAGACUCAAAAUGGAUAAAGGACCUCAAUGUGAGAAAGGAAUCCAACAAAAUCCUUGAGGAGAACACAGGCAGCAACCUCUUCAACCUCAGCCGCAGCAACGUCUUCCUAGGAACAUCGCCAAAUGCAAGGGAAGCAAGGGCAAAAAUGAACUAUUGGGCUUUUAACAAGAUCAAAAGUUUUUGCACAGCAAAGGAAACAGUUAACAAAACCAAAAGACAACUGACAGAAUGGGAGAAGAUAUUUGCAAAUGACAUAUCAGAUAAAGGGCUAGUGUCCAAAAUUUAUAAAGAACUUAUCAAACUCAACACCCAAAGAGCAAAUAAUCCAAUCAAGAAAUGGGCAGAGGACAUGAACAGACAUUUCUGCAAAGAAGACAUCCAGAUGGCCAACAGGCACAUGAAAAAGUGCUCCACAUCACUUGGCAUCAGGGAAAUACAAAUCAAAACCUCAAUGAGAUAUCACCUCACACCAGUCAGAAUGGCUAAAAUUAACAAGUCAGGAAAUGACAGUUGCUGGCGAGGAUGCGGAGAAAGGGGAACCCUCCUACACUGUUUGUGGAAUGCAAGCUGGUGCAACCACUCUGGACAACAGCAUGAAGGUUCCUCAAAAUGUUGAAAAUAGAACUACCCUAUGACCCAGCAAUUGCACUACUGGGUAUUUACCCUAAAGAUAACAUAGUGAUAUGAAGGGGCACGUGCACCCGAAUGUUUAUAGCAGCAAUGUCUACAAUAGCCAAACUAUGGAAAGAACCUAGAUGUCCAUCAAUAGAUGAAUGGAUAAAGAAGAUGUGGUAUAUAUACACAAUAGAAUACUAUGCAGCCAUCAAAAGAAAUGAAAUCUUUUCAUUUGCUACAACGUGGAUGGAACUAGAGGGUAUCAUGCUUAGCAAAAUAAGUUAACCGGAGAAAGACAACUAUCAUAUGAUCUCCCUGAUAUGAGGAAGUGGAAUGCAACGUGGGGGGUUAAGGGGGUAGGAGAAUAAUAAAUGAAACAAGAUGGGUUUGGGAGGGAGACAAACCAUAAGUGACUCUUAAUCUCACAA